AUGGAGUUUCUUAUGCAGGGUACGGGAUAUGCCAUCCUCGUUGGCUUUGGAGCAGUUUUUGCUGUGGUGACCGUCCUUGCGCUUUGGCUCGACAUCAACUUUGCGGGGCAUCACUCCAAUUCCGAAAAUUUUCAGACGGCAGGGCGGCGCAUCAAGACUGGGCUCAUCUCAGUUGAUGUGGUGUCGCACUGGACAUGGACCUUCACCCUGCUACAGUCUAGCACUGUGACUUUCAAGUAUGGCGCCUGUGGCGCAUUCUGGUUCUCAGCAGGAGCCACGCUGCAGAUUAUGCUCUUUGGCGUCAUGGCCAUCCAAAUCAAGCGCAAGGCCCCGAACUGCCACACUAUUCUGGAAGUUGUGCGGCUUCGCUGGGGCAAACCUGCUCACCUGGUGUUUUUCUACCUCUUCUUCAUCAACAACCUCUUCAUCACAUCCACGCUCAUUGUGGGCGCCAGCUCCGUCAUCACCACUCUGACAGGGGUCAGCCUGGAAGCCUCAUGCAUCCUGAUCCCCUUAGGCAUCAUCAUAUACUGCGUUGCCGGUGGCCUUAAGGCAGCGUUCAUCAGCUCGUACAUGCACUCUGUUAUCAUCUUUGCCGUCAUCGCAGCCCUCAUCUUCACAGUCUUCGUGCCCAACAGCACAACUAAUACGACACUUGGCAGCAUCAGCAAUGUCUACAACAACUUACUGGUCCGAGCUGAGGCAGUGCCUGUGGUAGGCAACAAGGAUGGCAGCCUGCUGACCAUGUACAGUGUGGGGGGUCUGGAGUUUGGCUGGAUCUUCUUCGCAACCUGCUUCGGCUGGGUGUGGGCCGACCAGGGAUUCUGGCAGAGCGCCAUUGCAGCCCGCCCUGAAGCUGCCUACAAGGGGUACAUACUAGGAGGCCUGCUGUGGUUUGCGGUGCCCUUCAGCAUGGCGACUACCAUCGGCCUGGCUGGGCUUGCCCUGGAUCUACCCAUGAGCACCCAAGAAAUUGGGCAGGCCCUGGUGCCGCCCGCUGUUGCCUAUCACCUGCUGGGAAAGGGUGGUGUCAUCAUGAUUGUCAUCAUCAUCUUCAUGGCGGUAACAUCUAGCGGCUCAGCCGAACUGGUGGCAGUGAGCUCUCUGGUGUCAUAUGAUGUCUAUAAGACUUACAUCAACCCCAAGGCAACCGGCAAACAGGUUCUACUGGUAUCGAGGCUGACAGUGCUCAUCUUCGGUCUUUUCUCAGGAGUGUUCUGCAUCGGCCUCAUCCACGCCGGUAUUGACAUCAACUGGCUGUUCAGCGUCAUUGGUCUGCUGGUGGCCAGCGUGUUCCCUCCCAUCUCCUUUUUGCUAAUCUGGAAUGCAGUGCCCAGCGGGGCUGCUAUUGCCGGUGCCCUGGGAGGUCAGUUCCUGGCCAUCACUGCUUGGCUCUCCAGCACCCACAUCCUGAGUGGAGAGCUGACCACUAUCACCACCAGUCAAAACGGCCCCAGCCUUUCAGGCAACAUCACAGCAAUCGUCAGCUCAGCGAUUGUGGAUGGGGACGUGGAGUCGCCUGCCAUGAAGCGCGCAUACAAGAUCAGCCUGUGGUGGGCGUUCGGCCUUUCGGCUGUCACUUUUGUGAUCUGGCCCCUGCUGACUCUGCCUGCUGGUGCCACCUGGUCUAAGGGCUACUUCACCUUCUGGAUUAUACUGUCCAUCGUCUGGGGUCUCGUUGCAGGGCUGGUGGUCACUUUCUAUCCCCUGAUAGAGUCUCGUAAGGUCAUCAUCCGCAUCCUUACAUGCCGUCCCAAGAGGAGCACUCACAGCGUGCCAUCCUCAUCAAGCCUCCCUAGUGACGACUCUACUCUAGCUUCUCCAAAAAAGGUUGGCAAAGAAGGCAAUGGCGUAGCUCCUCCAGACUCAAUUGAUGCUAAGCUGGCUCCUGGUGACAUCAGCAUCCAGGUGCCAAGAUGA